AUGUCUCAAUCGCUCCGCCCGUACCUCCAAUGCGUCCGCUCCUCUCUGACCGCCGCGCUGUCCCUCUCGAAUUUCGCGUCGCAAACGGCGGAACGGCAUAAUGUUCCUGAAAUCGAAGCGGCCAGCUCGCCGGAAGUCUUGCUAAAUCCAUUUACCGUAUCCCGCAACGAGAACGAGAAGGUGUUCAUCGAGCCGAGCAUCAACAGCGUGCGAAUCAGCAUCAAGAUCAAGCAGGCGGACGAGAUAGAACAUAUUCUGGUCCACAAGUUUACGCGGUUCUUGACGCAGAGGGCGGAAGCGUUUUUCAUCCUAAGGAGAAAGCCAGUAAAGGGCUAUGACAUCUCGUUCUUGAUCACAAACUUCCACACCGAGGAGAUGCUGAAGCACAAGCUGGUGGACUUCAUCAUACAGUUUAUGGAGGAGGUGGACAAGGAGAUCUCGGAGAUGAAGCUAUUCCUCAACUCAAGAGCGCGAUUUGUUGCCGAGUCCUUCCUGACACCGGUGUGUGCUGAACUCCUUCCUCUUGGCGUGUAG